CGAAGGUGCAAUGUGGAGGACAGCUUGGUGGCAGACACAAAUAUAGAGAAGGACGCAUGGUUCCUAAAGUGGAUAGAGGAUUGAUUGUGCUGCAGGUGGAAUAAAUUAACUGUGGAUGAUACUGCAUAGGUUAUAAGAACUCUUCUAACCGUUCCCAGAGUCAGAGAUGGAGAGAGAUGUUUCUUGUACAGACUUGGAGUCUCUUGCCGUGACUGCCAUUGCAAGAGUCUUUGAAGACAGCCUUCUACAACCUCUCGCAAAAUGCGAUUUCAGCGUGACGAAAGUUAUUCCAUUGUAUAACCCUCACUUGUUGCAGCAGUUUAGGAAAAAACAGAUGGAAUUGCAGGCCUCUGGUACAAGUGACAGUGAAACAUACGGUUACACAUGGGUUGAUUCAGAAGCUCAGUUAUAUGAAAUCUUCACCAAUGGACUUGUAGCUAAAGAGAGCAAUUCAAAUGUCCUUGGCAGUUCUAGGUACGGAGUACAUUUAAGUAUGCACCCAGAUGUAUGUGUGGCAGCAGCCAGCUAUGAAACCAGUGGGAUGUCAAGUCCUAUACUGAUUAUGUUCAAGCUGGUACUGGGGAAAAGAAACCCAGUUAAACCUGGUAUGUAUGUGAACAUGCCACCAGCUGUAGGCUUUGACAGCCAUGUGUCUGCACACUCUCCAUCCAUUACAGAACACCCAAGGUUACAGCACUACCACAGCCAGGUCUACAUUUAUGAAUAUGAUGAUAACAAUGCCCUAGUUAUUCGGCCGAGGCAUUGCGUACCUCAUGCAGCUAUCUGGUUUACAAGGAAGAUUUAUCCACCACAUGUUUUUGUGCAGUCAGACUGUUUGCCUUCACCCCAUAGUGUUAAUUUUGAUCCUGGCUGCACAUUACUUGCACAAUCCACCAUGUCUGCAGAACAAGCAAAUCAAAAUGCACAGCUUUGUAUACCCACAGCAAAAACUGGUUCUCUGAUAUCUGAGACAAACAGCUCAUCUUUGGCACCAUUCUCCCAUGGACAAAUGGCAUCUCUCAAAGAUACACAUUCUUCUUCCUCUUUGAAAGAAAAAACUGAAAGUACUACAGAUGCACAUUUGUCAACCUCCAAUUGCUGUUUGGUUGAUUCCACAACUUUACAAUCAAGAGACCUCAAAGAAAAUCUGGCUGCCAUUGAAGGUGCAAAUAUAUCAGCUUCGGAGGUGGAUUUCUUAACUCUUAAUGAUUUACGAACAGCUAUUGAGGAUGCAGCAGCAAGCACAAAUGCUCAUUCUAAGAUUACUGAUUACAAUGCUUCAGCUUCCAAAGAUGAAAAAUCUAAGCAGUCAAAAACAAUCACAAAUCAAAACGUCAAAAUUGUACAUUCUUCUGCUUCCAAAAAAGGUUUUACUAUGCCUAAAAGUGGACAUUCAUCAGUAAUUAUAGAGUACGUUACAGUGAUAAAAGGUUCAUCAGCACCCAAAGAUGAACAUUUUUCAACUACAAAAGAACAUGUUGGCAAUACAGAACAUCUUCUAAAAGAGGAGCAGACACCAAUGCCCGACAAGCAUGUUACUAAUUCAGGGAAUAUAGAUGUAGCAGGUUCCAAAUUUCAUGUACAAAUCCUCAAGAGUACAUUUCCAAAAGAUGAUGAGCCAAAACAGUCACACAUUACUAUGAGCAAUACAACAAAUAUAAAAAAUGGCAGUUUUUCACCACUGAAAAAACAGAUGGUGUCAGUCACUGUUAGAGGGCAUGCCGUAGACACCAAGCAUUCAUCAAUGCCUAAAGAUGAACAAUCUUCAACUAAAAAAGAAUAUGUUGCCAAUUCAGGAAAUCUUCCAAAAGAGGAGCAGCCAGCAGGGCCUGACAAGCAUGUUACUAAUUUGAGGGAUAUAGAUUUGGCAACCAAAUAUUCACCCAUUCUCAAAAAAACAUUUCCCAAAGAUGAUGAGUCGAAAAAGUCACACAUCACUAUGAACAAGGUAACAAAUAUCAAAAAAAUAUAUUAUUCAACUUUGAAAGAACAGGUGAUAUCAGUUAGAGAUGGAGUCACAUCCACUUUUAGAGAGCAUGCUGUAGUCACCAAGCAUUCAUUGCCUAAAGAUGAACAAUCUUCGACUAAAAAAGAAUUUGUUGCCAAUUUAGAAAAUCCUCCAGAAGAUAAGCAGACAGCAGAGCCUGACAAGCAUGUUACUGAUUCAACAGAUGUAGAUUUUGCAGAUUCCAAAUAUGUAUCAACUCUCAAGAAAGCUUCUCUCAAAAAUGAUGUGUCAAAAUGGUCACAAGUUACUGAGACCAGUGUAACAAGUAUCAGAAAUGGAUGUUCCUCACCUUUGAAAGUUGGACAGCAUGUUGCAGUCACCAAGAAUUCAUCAGCCCCAAAUGAUGAACAUUCUUUAACAAUAAAAGAAAAUGUUGCUAGUUCCGAAAAUCUGCCAAAAGAGAAGCAAUCAGCAGUGUCUGCAGAACAUUUUGCAAAUGCUAAGGAUACACAUGCAGCAAAUUCCAAGGAUCCUGUCCCAGUAUCCAGGAAAGCUCAAGCUAAAAAACAUGCACAUUUGCCAAGUAUUAAAUGGCAUUUUGGAAAUGGUGUCUAUCAGUCAACUUCUAAACCGCAAACUGUGAUUCCAAACUGUGGGGCAGUAUAUUCCUCAAGACUGAAGAUACAUGGUGAAGCACCCAAAGAUGUUCAUGUGCCAGUUUUUACAAAAGAUGCUACAAAUCUUGAAAAAGCACAGGACUCUGCUUCAGAUAAAUAUGUUAUUACCAAGUGUGGAAAUUCUUCUGUUUCUGAAAAGCUUGUCACAAAAGCCAAAGAUACUAUUUUGUUAUCUUCCACAAACUCUGUUGCUUCCAAUAGACAUGCUAAAGUAUUUAACCCCAUGCAAAAACAACUGCCCAGGUCCAAUCAACAUGUUGCAUACAACGAUGGGCAAGUUACACAUCCUCAGGAUAGUGAACUGCUAUUACCUGGCAAGAGAAAUAUUAUUUCUAGAGAUUCAUCUGCCUCCAAAGAAACUGCAUCAGCUCCCAAAAAGGCACAGUCAUCAACUUUUGAUAGACCUGUUUCCAUGUCCAAAACUGCAAAGGAUCCAUCCAGACUGAAACCACAUGUUGCUGAUAGCAAAAAUGCCCAGUUGUCUAUGUCUAAACCAGUUGCUUCAGAUAGUCAAGAUAGCAAAGCUUGGGUUGCCACUUCCAUGACAUCUAAUGCUGUUGAUCUUGGUGAACAUCAAAACAACAUCACACCUGUGGCAAGUUCCCAAUCUCUUGAUAAGAGGCAGGGCAUACCAAAAGUCAGAGGGAAUGUUGCAGCCUCAGUAGAAUCCCAUUUAUCAAAGUGCAACAAGGACAAAUACCCUCAUUUUGAUGUGGGAUCCUCAAAAAAUAUAUCCAAAGAAGAACUGCAAGAGCCAAGCAAGUGUACUUUUCCAGAACAAACAUCACAGACGAGCACAAGCCAAGCCAGCAGAAUACCUGAAUUACCAGAGAAGAAAAAGCAAUUUUUGUCAGAGUAUGAUGAUUACAGUAUUGAUGAAAAGCAUAAAACUGCUUGGAUAGCUAAACACUUGGAGUCCAAAAUUGGUGAAAAAUUGAGUAUGAAGGGACAGUCAGCCAGCUUGUUAAAAAUCCCAUCCAAAGAGGUCCAAAGUACUGAGAAUACUCAGUUCACAUUAUCCCCCUCUGUUCCUUCAGUCAUAAAGCAGUUUCAUGCCCCAUUCAUGUUUCCCCCUGGUCCACCAGAACCAGCAUUAUGGUGGGGAUGGCCAUUAAACUGUUUCAAUAGGCAAUAUGGGUGUUGCUGCCAGCAGUGUUUUGCUUAUACUGGGCCUCAAAAUGUCCAAAAAGAUCCUAGGCUCCAGAGUAACUCAAAAUGCAGUAGUUGGGGCCUGUCAGCCAGCAAUGAGUUUCAGCCACAUGUGAUUUCUCAAGAUGUUACAAGAAGAGGAGAACAUUCCAACAAACCAAAGUGCAUUCAACAAAAGUUGCAGACAUCUGGAGAAAGAAAUGGGAAACAAAGUGAUGAUCCAUUAACCAAAAUGAAAGAAGGCCCUAAGAACAGAAAAAGACAAAACUCGUCAAGUGAUCUUCUCUCAAAAGAGACCCCUCUGCCCAACAAACAUGCAUAUUUUCAAGGUACCUUAAAAGAUAAUAACUCCAGCAGCAAAGCAAUGGGUGAUCCUAUAACAAAAGAUGUUUCCAACAUCAAAGAAAGGAAACUUGUUCAACCCAACUCUCAUAAAUCCACAUUAAAAAAGCAGUUGACCACUCCAUGUCACAGAAAAACAGAUGUCACAUUUGAAAUAGAUAGUGGAAAGGGCUCAUCAGUUGGUUUCCAGCUAAAAGAUGCAUUGCCAACUUCUCUGAAGAAAGAAACUCAAAAUCAGCAAAGUUUAAAGCCAUCAUCUAUCAGUUGUGUGCUUACUGAAAAACCUUGGCAUUCAGACUCACAAAAGUAUAACAUGUGUAGCUCAAAAGACAUGUCACUCAACAAAGGGUUGAAACAUAUCCCAAGAAAUUUUCAGACAUUGUCUGGGAGUAGUAAGAAAAGGCACGCCCAGUCUUGGAAAGUGUCUAGAACCAGAUUAGAAUCUUAUUUCCAAACAUGUAGUAAGACACCAUGUGACACCAAGUCAAAAGACAUUGUCAAAUCUACAUUAUCAGACAAUAAGAUAUCAACUAAGGAAGGUCAUCUGAGUGGAAUUCGGAUGCAGAAGAGGCUCAACGCUAAACAAAGAAUUAGUCAACAGAAUAAUCUUCAUCCAACAGAGGUAUCACCACCUAAGAAACCAAGGAAUAUGUCUCCUUGUCCUUUGAAAUCAAAAUUUGACUAUGCUAAUACUGGUGCCAUGGUCAACAAUAAACGAAGAAUUAUUCAGCAGAACAGAUUUCUAUCACAAGAGAUGACACCACCUAAGAAACUGAGAAAAUUAUCUGAUUCUUGUCCUUGUGAACUAAACUGUUACCAACUUACAGCUGAACCCAAGGCUGGUACCAAAGUCAAGUUGGAUUCUUGCAGAGGUUUGAGCACAUGCAAUGGUUCUCAAUCAGAGGGAAAAAUGCAGAAUUCAAGCAAGUUAAAAAGUUCUCAGCAGGUCCAGUUUAUUGAUCUGACAGCAGAGAGCCAACCAAAUGACCUCUCCCCUGCUCUAAAAUGUGGGGGAAGAUCACAAUUAUCUGAUCAAAGAACAGAGAAUGUUGCCAUGACAGUCCAGAGUUCAGGAGGCACCUUUAACAUAGCACCAAAACGCAGGGGCAGGCCUAUAUCAUCAAAGAAUGUGAAGAAGAGUGUUGAAAAGACAGAUCAGACUUCAGACAACUUUGAUGAAGCACCAAAACGCAGGGGAAGGCCUGUAUCAUCAAAGAAAAGCAGAAAGAAUGUUGACAUGACAGUUCAGAGUUCAGGAAACACUUUUAACAAAGCACCAAAGCGCAGAGGAAGGCCUACAUCAUCUCAGACUGUGAAAAAGAAUGUUGAGGUGACAGUUCAGAGUUCAGGAAACACUUUGGACAAAGCACCAAAGCGUAGGGGAAGGCCUACGUCAUCAAAGAAUGUGAAAAAGGGUAAAAAAGAUGAUGAAGAGGCUGAAUACAAGGAACCACUUUUCAAACAAAGAAAGAAUUGGACUCAAUCAAGUAUUCGUAGGUCUGGCAGACAAAGGAUUCCUACAAAGCAUUAUCAGGUGGAAGUAACUGAGAAGAAGAAAAGAAGAUGCAGAAAACACUCAAAUAGAAAUACAUCUUCAUGCAGCUGUACAAUACAACAAAGGGUGAAUUGUUGCAAGACACCACGUGUGAACCUGUUCGAUCUUGCAAAGUUUUUCAAAAGUGUCGAAGGAAGAACAGUGCUGGGUCAAGUUUUGCAAGAAAAAUGUCAUGUCCCCAACAAGACCAGUGAUACAAAGACGCAUGCCAGGUGUGAGAAAGAAAAGUUGGUCAAUCAGAAAUGUUUAACUGUUACUGCAAUCAUUGAGCAGGGAUUGGGCAGAGGUACCAGGCAUGAGUUAUGUGACAGCAGACCUCUUGAUACAGCUCAGUUGCCAUAUUGGGAUGGAGAAAAUGUUUUCCUUCUUUCUGAAGUUGAGGUCAAAGAAAAAUCAGAGGCUUCAUGUCCCAGCAAUAAUUCUGAUUCAGCUUGUAAACUAGAAAUAGCUGAUGUCUUCAGUCUGAAAGAUACUGCACUUGGAUGAAGAUGAAAUGGCAUGGCAGAGGAUUUCCAGUGAUGGGAAAUUUAUGGAUGUAUUUUCAUAAUAGCUUUUCAAACACUCCAGAAAUUAAAAUAUCGUGAACUUUUUUUACUUAGUAAUUCUUUUGUCUUUGUCACAAUGUCAAUUUGCUUUUGUUCUUUGUAUUGAACAUUUAAUUUUUAUGCAAAUUUACCGUUUUGGUAGCUUAGUAAUUGUACCACCAUCGUAGUCCGUUUUUUUCCAUACAGUUUAUGAGUUGCACUAUAUCAAAGAGUACAGUGUCACAAUAUUCAGUAGUGAAAAUAAAAUGUGAAAUAGCAAGGAUACGUCCAUAGUUACU